GCUGCACAGCCAUGGCCCGUACCAAGCAGACCGCGCGUAAGUCGACAGGCGGGAAGGCGCCCCGCAAGCAGUUGGCCACCAAGGCGGCCCGCAAGAGCGCGCCGGCCACGGGCGGCGUGAAGAAGCCGCACCGGUACCGUCCCGGCACGGUGGCGCUGCGCGAGAUCCGGCGGUACCAGAAGUCGACGGAGCUGCUGAUCCGCAAGCUGCCGUUCCAGCGGCUGGUGCGGGAGAUCGCGCAGGACUUCAAGACGGACCUGCGGUUCCAGAGCUCUGCGGUGAUGGCGCUGCAGGAGGCGAGCGAGGCCUACCUGGUGGGGCUCUUCGAGGACACCAACCUGUGCGCCAUCCACGCCAAGCGCGUCACCAUCAUGCCCAAGGACAUCCAGCUGGCCCGGCGCAUCCGCGGCGAGCGCGCCUGAGUCCCCUUCCGCAGCCCUUCCGUGUUUCGGACCAAUCACCGAGGCAGCCCAAACAGACCCAAAGGCUCUUUUAAGAGCCACUACAAAUCCAAUUAAAAGAGCUGUGUCACUGUGUUCAGCGGGCGCACUUUAAAAUUAAUAGCGUCUUCAGUUUUUCUCAGACUCCUGAAUUUGCUUUUUUGGCUUUCCCCCAGCCCCCUUGCUUUGUCUAUUAAUUCCUUAUUUUGCUCGGUUGCCUACGUCCCACAAUACUGAAUUUCCUGCUCUAUAUUUCACCGGAGUGCUACGUAAAUGCUGGAGGAGGAAGUAACAAUCACUUUAAUAACUGGGCACCGAGGAGAGGCAAAAUUGGAAAACGGGGAGUGUGAUGAAAAUUAGUUUUAAGGACACUGAGCAGAAAACAUUGGGUAGAAUGAAUCGGGUAGAAUCGGGUGGAGUUUUAUACAUCGCUGUGACUGCUCUGGUGGG